AUGGAGUCACGUCUCCUAACAUAUUACACGGGUAUCAUGAAUGGGGAUAUAGAAAUUGACUCACAACUUUUGGGAACAUCUCAAAAUACUCCUAUGUCAGUUUCUAAUUCUCCACCUCAAGUUGAAAAUACCUCUUCUACAAAAGGAAAACGAGGCUCUAACUUUAGUGUAGAGGAAGAUCAACUCCUAGUGUCAGCAUGGAGGCCAAUUGGUAGGAAGGCCGAAAAGGCCAUCCGAAAGAACAAAGCCACCGGAAAAGAUGUAGGGCAAUAUUUGACCAAGGAAAUGAAAUUUAUUGAGAAGGUUGCAUCCAUGAAUUGCUCUUUGCUUGUCAAGUUGCUUCUUGAUGACUUAGAUGAGGAUGAGAUAAUCGAAGAAUUUGUUAUGGAAACAUCACAACCUAAAUGUUGUCGCUCUAUCCGACAUAAUCAUUUGGAUGAUAAUGAAAUGGUAGACUUGGAUUAUGAACAAAUUGAUGGAGUGGAUAAUCCUCCUAUGCAAGUGUUACGUGAACAAAGUGAUGGAUUUCUGUCAUACAUUGAGAGGUAUGGAUGCAUUGGAGACCGAGAAAUUCAUUUUCAACUCCAAUUGGACCUCAUUGAACAUUAUGACGAUUAUUUGCUAUCAUGUGGCGGUGGUGGUGGCAACGGUGGAAGAGUUAGCGGUGGAAGAGUCGGUGACGGCGGCGGUGGCAUUGGCGGUGGAAGAGUUGGUGGCGACGGCGGUGGUGGCGGCGGUGGUGGUGGCGGUAGUGGCAACGAUAGCGAUUGUGGAUGGUUGUGA